AUAUUGGGUAUGUUCCUAAUUUCGCGUUUCGAAGGUUGGUUGCUUUGAGUUUUACCAUGAGAGUGGUUAGGAUGGAUGAUAAGGUUAGAGAGGCAUCAUGCUCUAUGGAUGUGAAAAAGGUUGUCUGUGGACUGAAUGAAAUUGCAGUUGGUGUCCAUGGUAAUGUGCAUUCUUCAGGAGAGUCAUUUGGUGAAGGCCUUAAAAUAUACAAGAGGAGAAAACAUGACAAUUCAUCAAAAUCGAAGACUGAGUUGUUGCACAAGGGGAAGAAUUCUGCUGAUUCAUCUGCCAAGUAUCAAGAUAAGGUUUAUACUGGAAAGUGUCUUGUGGAGAAAUCUAGUGCUGCUUGUCAGGUUCUUUAUGAGGAACCAACUGAUGUAUAUCGAUCAUUUGAUUGCCAUCUGUGUGGAGAAGUAACAGAAGGAAAGAAUUGUCUGGUUUGUGAUUCAUGUGAGGAAAUGCAUCAUAUCUCUUGUAUAAUGCCGACUAUUAAAGAUAUUGAUGCCCAAAUAAGUUGGUACUGUGCUAAAUGCACAGCCAUUCAAUCAGCUCACAACAAUUGUGUGGUGUGCUAUGAUUAUGAACCAAAUUCAUCAUCUGCUUCUGAUAAUAUGAAGUUUGAAGAAGAAACUUCAGAUGAUGAUCCAUACAACUGCUUGAUUUGUGGAGGCAAUGGGAAAAAUGAAGAAGAUUUUAAGGUAUGUGGGCAUAUGUACUGUCCACACAAGUACUACCAUGUUAGAUGUUUGACAGAUAAGCAAAUGAAUACUUACAGCAGUGAAUGUUGGUACUGCCCGUCUUGUAUUUGUUUGACUUGUCUUGCGAAUAAAGACGACGACAAGAUUGUUCUGUGUGAUGCGUGUGAUCACACUUGUCAUAUAUAUUGCAUGCAACCUCCCCUCGAAACUGUUACGAUUGAGAAGUGGUUAUGUAAAGUAUGCAAAGUUGGGAUUCAGCGGAUACAAAGAGUAAGAAGAAAGUAUGAGAUUGUGAAGAAACAAUCUGAAACAGGAGAUAUUCGAAAGAAAAGGAAUUGUUGUAAUAAAAGGCGGUGA